AUGUUUUUCUUACCAGGGAGAGAGCUGCCUGUUUUCCUGUAAGAGCUUGUGUGAGUGACCCACCCUCCUCUUAUUGUAUGCGUGUUAUUGUUAAGCUAUGGUUAAGGUGUUUAGAUGCUGUAAACUGUAAUGGCUGGGAUUAUGCAAGAUCACUCCCCGAGGAGGGGGCCCAGAGAGUACUUGGGGCAGAGAGGGGAGUGGGUAACCUGAGGCAGUGUGGAAGGAGCAUUCAUUGGGUUUGGAGUGUGCCAAUUAUCUGGGCUCUGCAAAUGAGUUUUCAGUUAGAGAUGCUUUUAAGUGACGAACAGAAAUUACAUCAAAGUCCAGGUGAAGAGGACUGGCAGAGGUUUGGGCCUGGGGACUUUGAGGCAUGGAGGAUGUAUUUUUCUGCCUGUCUAAUGGGGAAUCAGAUGUAAGUUAGUGUCUCAAACCACACUCACUAUCUGGCAUCUGUGGCCUUUUGUUCAUUUGUGAGAACAGGAUAAGGAACUAGCCAAAACAUAGGAACAGUGACCGCAUUUAAAAAAAAAAAAAAAUGGAAACACAGGGUGGGUCAAGCCGGUGUGUACUGUUUGGGAAAGUGGACUAAAAUGUUUGAAAAUCUGAUACCUGGAACGGCUGUGUAUAAAGCUGGGCAUCCAGGUGGGAGAGGCCGAGUGUGGACAUUUCCCUAAUGAACUGCCUCCGAUGACUAGACAGUACGUGGACCUCGAAGACUGACUGAAAGGGCACAGGAAAUCAUCUGUGAGGUAAAAUCCCACCCAGUCUUCAGAGGCCCCCGCUCCUCUGCCUGCUCCUCUGCUGUCCUGUAGCACAGCUGGUUCUUCUCCCAUCAACAGUGAGGAUCACUUGCAGAACAACUGCUUUAACUGGGAAAACGCAACCCAUUCCCACAAUCCUAUAAGGAAACACAGUAAGCACCACUCAAAAGCAACCCAGCCUCAUGGAGAGAAACCAGGAAGAAACCCCGAAGGCCAGACUCCUCUACCAGGAAGUCUGCUUGGCAGCUCAGCGACUCGAUUUCUUCCUUCAAAAAGGAAAUGCCCAUAAAGAAGUGUUCAAGCCACACAUCCUGGCUCUCAGAGAGAUGGUUCAGCAAGCCUGCAUCAGACUCAUGUUCCUCCAUCCGGUGGUUUAUGGUAGGAAGGCUGAAGAGCUCUUAUGGAGGAAAAUAUACUCUGAUGUUGUCAUGCUGCUCAUGAAGACCAAUAAGAAACAAAUGGACACUUUCCAGCACUGGGGAGGGCCUCUACAGGCUCAUCUGAAGGCUGGCCUCAGGUUCUAUGAGCAUCUCUUCCUGUUCCUUCAGGGUCACUAUGAGCUGAGGUUGCAGAGUUACAUAGACUGGCCUCACAGCGCUAUCCACUUGAUUGGCUGUAAGAAAGUGGGGCCCACAUCAGCAGAAGAGGCUUCCUGGGCCCGCAUGGCCUGUCAUCGCUGCCUGCUCUACCUGGGGGACUUGUUUCGCUAUCAGCACGAAUUCUUAGACCUGGCCACCAAGAACUUGGCAGAGAGAUGCUAUUACAGAGCCUUGUCAGUGGCCCCGCAUAUGGGAAUGCCCUUCAACCAACUGGGCGCUCUCGUGGGGAGUAAGUAUUAUGACCUCGAAGCCACCUACUUCUAUCAACGCUGUCUCCACUCUGAAGUGCCUUUUAAAGGAGCAGCUUGGAACCUCAAACGGCUCUAUGAUCACGCCGGAAAGAGGUACAGUUGUCUGAAGAGGUACCAGGGAAGGAAACUGACUCAUAGCCAGAGGCAGUGUUGGGACAACAGAAGGCUGCUGGUUAGCUUCCUCUACCUGCAGAGUCUCUUGCAGCCUAAGAGGAAAUUCAAAGCCGCAAGGCUGAUAGCCCUGUGCCAACUGGUUCUCGAAGACUUUCGUCUCUGUCUUUCCUAUCGGCCCUGUCAAUCAGGCCUAUGCCAGGCUUCCCCAGAAGAGAAACCUCCUAAAGGGUAUCUGUUUCUCCCGGACUUCCUCAUCUUCCACAUGGUGGCUCUUUGCCUCAUGAAUGUGCACAGCCUGAGGAAAUCAGGCUCAAAACAGCAAAAACCAGCUGUCAUCUUCACCUUGACUCUUUUCUCUCACCUAGUACAACAUGUGAACACACGGAUCCAGGCUGAGCUGCAGAGGAGGAAGCUGAAUCCAGAAGAGGCUUCUUCUGGCGAUGGAUGCUGGGAGAAAGAGUCUGGGAAGCAACAUCAAGAUUUUCUGUCUCCUGGGCUCCAGAACAGCAACUCUCAGAAAGGCCACGGGUGGUCUGGUAUUUCUAGGGAGAGCGAGGCUGGUUUUCAUUCUGAUUACGACUCAGAUGAGACAGAGGAAGAGGAAAACUCAUCCUUAAGUUCCCGGGUCCAAUCAGACACAAGCAGUGAAGCGUCCCACUCAGACACAGCGGACGAAGAAGGAAGUGGCUCCUUGAGUUCAGAUGCAAUUCAGAAAAGCAGAGGUACGUCCAAACCUAAAGCUGCUCAUUCCAGAAACAAACUGAAGUCGUACAUACCUCCCGACAGUCUCCUUGAUCUCUUGAAAACAACUCUAUCCUCUAGCCUGCCAGCGCCUUUGAGCCAAAAACUCCAAGGAAAACAUGGCUUGCCCUUGGCUUCCGUCUUUAGUCAUAACGUUCUGACACCCCAGUCUGAGCCAAGCCCUGCUGUCAGCCGUUCUUUGUGCACGGAGGGUGAGAUGAGCAGCUUUCCUGAUGCGGAGUUCUACAUGGAUUCCUCCUGGGAGCAGAAGCCCUCCACUUCCCAGAACAACAAUCUCCAGACCACUCAAUGGAAACUGGACAUUCUUUCUGCAGAGGGACUGUUGCCUACCAUCAAGGUGAUCCUGAGCUGGCUCCGCAGCAAUCACAGCAUCCUCUUGUCACAUUGGAGGAGUGUGUUUAGCUUGUGGGACCACCUCUGUGUGUUGCUGAACCUGUUGCCCUCAGUGGGAGACCUUCAGCAUCCAGGCCUUGGCCUGUCUCACCAUCUCCAGGAGUUGCUACAGAGCUGGCCACACACUCCCAAGUACCUUCAGCUCCCCGAGGACACUGCCAUGUUCCAGCAGCCUCCUUCUCAAGUGUCUCAGGAUAGGGUAGGCUUCGGGCAGGAUCCACCUCCGCUCACCAGCCAGGAGGAAGUUAUCGUCCGUAUCUGUUUCUUCAGGAAUUUUGGUCACUUUGCAACUAGACUCCCCGGACAGUUCUUGAGCUUUGAUUCCAAGCUGGGUGUCUUUGUGAGCAGUACCCUUGGAAGGUCAGAAGAUCCACCUCAGCAGCUUCCAAGAACAGCUGCACGAAUCAGGUUUUCCAAAGACAUAGUCCAGCUUUGGCUUCAGAGGGAAGUGGCACUGCUAGAGAAGACCCUCCGAGGUCCCCAGACUCGGUCAGUGUUGACCCCUUACCUCUUCCCUGACCCCAGGGCCCUCUGUGAGCAUCUUUCAGUGAUACAGAAACUAGCCACUAGUGCUAAGUUUUUUCUUAUCAUACCCAAGGUUGUGGUUGACACAUUGUACAUCCUAAAAUGGGAGGAUCGCAGAGCCUUGGCUGCCAUCACUUUCCUAGAAGAUGAGUUAAAGAGAAGGAACCAGUACAUUCUCUGCCAGUCCUUUGUGUCCAAGAGGUUGGUGAGGCCCAGGAUGACUAGACAAGACUCUGAUGCCUGGGACCUCUACAAUAUUCUUGAGUUCUGCAAAAGCCUGCUGGACUCUUCCAGGCCAGGGAUAUUGGAUCCCAGCAGCAUGGUGACUAUCAUUACUGGUGUCUGUUUGGAUCAUCCUAGGAAUUUCUCAUACCCACUGCAGUUGGUACUGGGGAUGGCAACGGAAGCUGGUGUGGAAAUCAAGAACAUCCUGAAAUUCCACAGAGAAUGGAAAGUGAUCAGUUGACAUGUUCACAUCUUCCUGCCCCUUGUCCUUCAGUGCUUAUCGCUCAAAUUAAGUGUGUUUCUUUGUCAUAAGCACCUAAUGCUGAGGUAGGCAGUGUGUUCUUGGAGUAUAUGUGUCUACCUGUAGGUAGAAUGUAGUGUGUCAGCUUUCAGAGGCCUUCCUGUGUCCUUCGUGGCCAUCUUAGCUCUGUAUUAUGCUUCCUCUGAUAUAAAGCUCAAGAUUAACUCAUUGUUAAGUGAUCUUAUGGCAAAGCAGCAAAUUCAGACAUCACUUCAGUGUCCAAAUACAGCUUUGUGGAUGGUCUGUGAUUUACUUAGCUCUGUUUUGUGACACACAACUUUUAUGUAUAUUGUUUUGUUAUGGUGGGCUCAGGUCUGCUAUUGAAGGCAUGUCUCUGCCAUCUAUGAAACUCAAUAAAUAUAAAGUUAAAAAUUUCA